AGCAAGCAAUCCUCGGCGACGGGGCCCCUCGACUCCAACAGCCGCAAUCCAUCAGACUCCAUCCAUAGCAAUCAACCACACACACACGCCAACAAGCUUGGCCUGCCUGCGCGCAAUCGGACAUGGCGACGCCUGCAAUCCUUCUCCACUUCCCCGCCACCCCUCGCCUGCUGCCGUGCCCUCGCGUCGCUGGGAGACCAUACUUGGUGGGGUCCCAGCUGCUGCCUGUGGGUUGCUUCGGAGUGAAAGGGAGCUCCCCUCUUCCGUCGCAACCCUCGUCAUCCGGCCGCACCGAGGUGCCGAGCAAGAGGGGAGGCCGACGAGGCCUUGUGGUGGGCACCGUCUCGGGAAGUGCCAUUCUUCUGGGCACUGCAUCUGUGGCUGCUGUGGUUUUGGCCGCUCGCGCCAUGGCUACCUCCGGUGGUGGGCGAGAAGCUGCCAUUCUAGCCACUCGUCGCGGCAUGAACUUGUUUGCACAGGGGGAUGUGAAGGGAUCUGUUGUGGAAUUCGACAAGGCACUGGAGCUUGAUCCCCGACAAAGACCAUAUUUAUGGCAGCGUGGCCUUUCUCUCUACUACCUUAAUAGAUUUGAAGAAGGAGCUAAGCAGUUUAGGGAUGAUGUUGCAGUCAAUCCCAAUGACACAGAGGAGUCAAUUUGGUGCUUUCUCUGUGAGGCCCAGCUGCACGGGCCAGAGGAAGCUAGACGACGUUUUCUGAAGGUUGGCCGAGACAGCAGACCAGUAAUGCGGGCUGCUUACGAGUUAUUUAGGGACGGGGUUGACACCAAAGAACUUUUGGAACUUGCAAACGCCAAUGCACAUGACUUCUUCUACGCAUACUUGUAUGUGGGCUUGUACUACGAAUCUCAGAAAUCCGAAGCUGCCAAGGAGGCUAUCACUACCGCAGUUUCAAGUCCCUAUGGUUUGAGGUCAGGUGAUUAUAUGGCCACAUUAGCGAAAGUUCACUGUGCAUGUCGGGGAUGGCCUGUAGAGGGGUCCCUGAACGCUAUUGUAUAAUGAAGACUCCUACUUCACAUUUUAUUGCAGCCAUUUAUAUUUUUAUCCUUCAAUUUAGUUUGUGUUAAAUAUCUUUGCAGAACUGUUAGACUCUACCAUGACCGAAGAAUGUAUAAGAUCUGUAGUAUCAAUAAAAUUGGUCGAUGGGUGCCGGUCAUAAGGUGCAGAAGCCGUUCGAUGUAAUACAUGUAUUGGUCCAAUACAAGUGUUUUGACUGGUA